UAUGUCAUUCAUUUCCCGUUACUUUCGCAUCGCCGCCAUCGUCAUCCUCGUCAUCAUACCCGAACGCGACGGACAAUUUCCCUGCGCGCACACCAAUAGCCUGACCCUCAUUAAUGCGAAAAUUUUCGCGUCUGCCAUCUCUUCGCGAUCCGUUCUAUCAUAUACCUGAUCAUAUACCUGAAUACGAAGAAUGGUAUCGCUUGCAGAUUGCAGAUCCCGUCUAUGAAUGAAUGACCCGAGGUUUAUCUCUAUCGCAGCUUUCGAGGCCACCUCGUUCAUCUCUCAUCUCUACAAUUGAGCCAGUUGUCUGUCCUAAGGAGAAGUCUCCAAGUUUCAGAAGUUGUUAUCUUCAUCCGAUCAUCUGAUCAUAUCUUAUCAUCCACCUAUGUCAAACCGACCUCGUAGACCUUCCACGGCGGUAUUUUUCUAUUUAGUCACUGGUGUAUCGAGGCACACCUUACGCUUCCCGUCGCUGCUCCUAUCGGGCAAUUUCAUGAAAACGUGACAAGGCUCAUUAAAUUAUUAUAUACAAAAUGCACAAGUGAUGGCAUCAAUGCAAUUUAGUUAUUAUUCAUAUUUCAUACUUUUAAUACCACGCAUAUACUAACAUCGGCAGACCUCUCGUGACAACCCCAAAGUCUGUCACGCACCUUUACGUAUACAGAUCGCAUAGGUGCUAGGGCCUACAGUAGGUGUCGUCAAUCGACUACAACACUUUCUUCAGCUAAGCGACUAUGGAGUCAAACGGUUACGCUCAUACAGAGGCACUCCUCGAGCCUCUAACUCAUAUCAAUCGAGAGCAUCUAGUUGCCAUGGCGGACGCGGCUGUUGCAGACCAGAACGACUUUAACGCGUCGUCUCCGUCCAGUCCUAGUCAGAAGAGAAAGCGUGGCGCGCCAGACUCCUCUCCCGAAUUGCGACGCGCUAAGCGUGUGCCUCCGAACAUUUCAAGCACUCCGGACGCAGCAUAUGUUGAGAGUGCUGUCGAAGCUGCGCAGGCAGCCGCACAAGCGGCAACUAAUGCAGAUUUCACGGCUCUACAACAGGCUACAGCCGAUCACCACGAUACUUCAGAUCACGCCAACGCAUCCAGCACCGCCGCUGCUGCUUUAGGAACCUUAUAUCCUACCAUCCAUGUCCCUCAAUCUACAGAAGAGACCUUUGCCGCGCAGGCUGCGGCAGAGGCAGAACAUCACCAAGAUUCGUCGUUCGGCCAUAACGACAUGCUCCAUACUGAAGGCCUUCCCAAUACGUCUACUAACGGCCUCGCACAGUCGCAGAACGGCAUCAGAUCUACACAGCCGUCCUACACUACCUCCUCGUCUGCCUCUAAACCGGCUGUAGGUUCAGAAGAGUGGCACAAGUUGCGAAAGGAUAACCAUAAAGAAGUUGAGCGCCGACGCCGCGAAACCAUCAAUGAAGGUAUCAACGAGCUUGCUAAGAUUGUUCCCGGAUGUGAGAAAAACAAGGGUUCAAUCUUGCAGCGCGCGGUCAUGUUCAUCACUCAGCUCAAAGAGAAUGAAGCACAGAACUUAGAAAAGUGGACUUUAGAGAAGCUAUUAACCGAGCAGGCCAUCCAAGAGCUUAGUGCCUCGAACGAUAAGCUCAAGCAGGAGUGUGAGAGAGCUUACCGAGAGCUAGCCAUAUGGAAACAAUUGGCACAGAACGCAGGACUUCAGCCUCCCCAGUCUAAGGAUGAAGCUUCUUCAUGAUGUUAGUUUGACUGUGGGCAGACUCGAAAGUCUUUAUUACUUGGCGUUAUCCCUUCUAUACCCCCGACGGCUUUUAUUCUAUCGCGGCACCAUUGCUUCUCCGAUUGCUAUAUAAGCAAUCGUGUGCGAGGAUAUCGGUGCUCCGCGUAGGAUUGACUAUAGCCAACACACAAGUCAGCACUGUUCAUGUUUAAGUCGCCUCAUUUGCAGUGUCAAGUAGUGCUGGGUGUCGGGCUCGGGGAUUUUGGUUGGCAACUGGUCGGAAUGAGUCUUGAGGCAUAGGCGUUGGUGGAAAACUUGUUUACUUCGCCCCUUGGUACGAAUACCAAACUAGAGGGUUUCCCCCAAGAAUACAAGCCUUGGGUCAAUUGUGAAUUAUAUUUAUUUGUACAGGAAUCGAACACUGACGUCUUGGCAAAGCGUACCAUGCAUCUACAUGUUGCAUUGUGCAUAUGCGAGCUGCCACGGGUUCUUGCAAGGCGGAAGAAAUCGGUCUUUAAGACCUUGACGAUAAUACAGGACUAGGGAACACAGGAGCUGGGGCGAGCAGGGCGAGGGGGUGGGAUCUCAGGAAAGACGGCCUCUAGCCUAUGAAUAAGAGGGCCACAACGGAUGCCUACUUUUAAUGCCUGUAUAUUCCGGAAGUUUUAUUGUUGCUCAGCUCGAGAUUAAUACUACUAAGCUAUCUCAAAU